AUGCAAGCUACCCUGGAAUUCAGCCCUUCGGGCCAGGUGAAAAUGAGUACCCCCACCACAGAAUUACCCAUACUGUUAUGUCCAAUACAGGAGGCUUGGAGAUGUUAUACAUCAGUGUGUGUCGUGAGGGAAAGGACGUCUGAAGAGUGGGAACUGAUACAAUCUGUACCUGGGGUGUGGGCUGAGAACAACCCGUCAAGUUUAGCAGUACGUGCAGAACCAGUCCGAAUUACCCUGAAACCUCAAGCCAGCCCUAUACAACUUAAGCAGUACCCAAUUCCAAGUGAGGCCAGAGAACCAAUUCAACAUCACCUUAACAGGCUGAUGGAGUUAGGGGUGCUGACAAGUAUUACUUCUGCAUGGAACACACCUUUGCUACCUGUUAAGAAGCCAGGGACAGAAGGCGAUUAUCGUCCAGUACAGGACUUGAGGGCAGUAAAUGAAUCCGUCAUAUCCAUGACCCCUAUAGUACCUAACCCCUACACUUUGUUGGGAAGAAUACCUGGAGGGAGUACUAUCUACACAGUAAUUGAUCUGAAAGACGCGUUCUUCAGCAUACCGUUGGCUGCAGAAGCAAUACCUUUGUUUGCCUUUACUUGGGAAGAUGUCCAAACAGGAGUUACUAGCCAGUACUCUUGGACCCGGCUGCCCCAAGGGUUCUGCCACUCCCCAUCUAUUUUUAGCCAACAGUUGAAUAAAGACUUGAUCAGCUGGCAGGAGGAAAAUGGGCCCUUGUUAAUUUAUGUGGAUGAUAUUUUGCUCCCCAGUCCAGACUUUGAUACUUGUUGGAAAUAUUCCAAAUCUUUGUUGCAAACCUUGGAGGCCCUGGGUUACCGGGCAAGUCAGAAGAAGGCCCAGAUCUGUCAGCUGGAAGUAGAAUAUUUAGGAUUUAUAAUCCAGAAAGACCAAAGGUACCUUAGUCCGGCUCGUACUGCUGCAAUACGUUCACUACCGAGACCUGAAACUAAGAAAGAGCUCCGUACAUUGUUAGGAAUGGCCGGGUAUUGCAGGAUAUGGAUUCUGGACUAUGCCACCAUUACAAAACCAUUAUAUUCCAUGUUACAAGAACGGAGGCCAGAAACUGCCCCUUUAGAUUGGGAGCCCUCCCACGUUACGAGCUUGGAAAAACUGAACAAUGCCCUGCUAAACCUACCAGCAUUAGGGAUACCCGAUACGACAAGACCAUUCAAACUAUUUGUGGAUGAUAGAAGAGGAGUUGCGGUGGGAAUGCUGACCCAAGCCUUGGGCUCCUGGGAACGCCCCGUGGCGUAUCUAAGUAAGAAAUUGGACCCCGUAAGCCAAGGCUGGCCAGGCUGCUUGAGGAGCAUUGCGGCUACAUCCUUGUUGUUAACUGAAGCAUUGAAACUCACCUUCGGGCAAACCAUUCAAGUGACUGCAUCACACUCCAUUCGAAAUCUGCUGGAAAAACAAGGGCCAAAAUGGAUGACGAGUUCCCGUUUAAUUAAAUAUACUGCCCAGUUGUGUGAAAAUCCAAACGUGAUUGUACAGGAUAGGGCAACAUUGAAUCCAGCUACAUUAAUGCCAGUGCCAGAGCAAGAGCCAGUACACGAUUGUGAAGAAAUAAUGACUAAAGUGUUCUCCAGUAGACCGGACCUAAAAGAUCAGCCAUUAAGGAAGGGACGAUCCCUAUUCUGCGACGGAAGUAGUUACUUACAACAAGGGACUAAAGUAGCAAGAUACGCAGUAGUGGAACAAGGAGGACAUAUAGUCCAGCAUGGCAAGCUGCCCCCAGGAACUUCGGCCCAUAAAGCUGAAAUUAUAGCACUUACUGAAGCCCUACGGGAAGGAGCAGGACAGGAAGUGACAAUCUAUACAGAUAAUAAAAACGCUUUCCUCACCUUGCAAGUGCAUGGAGCCCUGUAUAAGGAAAGAGGAUUCCUCACCUCUGAAGGAAGGCCUAUAGCGUAUGCACAUGAAAUCAGGGCACUCUUAGAUGCAGUGUGGAAACCUAGGAAAGUGGCUGUGGUACAUUGUAGGGCUCAUAAAAGACAGGAUGGUCCGGUCCAUCAAGGAAAUGCUCAGGCCGAUAAAGCAGCUAAGUCUGCAGCUCUUAAAGCCGCCCCUGUUGCCAGAAGUUUUGCUCACCUGUAUUAUGUAGAAGUUCCCACGGAUGUGGGAAGUCUUGUCUACACUCCAGAGGAAAAAAGAGAAGCUCAAGAUUAUAGUUACCGGGACGUGAGUGGAUGGAAAGUCUUGCCUGACGGUUGUGUCUGGAUACCUCAAAAUUUGGCUCAUCCUAUAGUUUCCAAGGUUCACCAACAAUGCCACCUGGGAAAGAUAGCUCUGGAAACGUUGCUAAAGAAAUGGUAUUAUAUUGACCAUAUAUCUAAAUGGUGUGAUAUAAUCACCAAAGAAUGCCUUACCUGUGCACAAGUGAAUCCUCGUCGCGGACCAAAUCUGACCCCAGGAGCCAUACUGAAGGGCACUAGGCCCUUUCAAGUGAUUCAGGUUGACUACAGCCAUAUGCCAGCCGCUUGUGGACUAAAGGUAUUGCUCGUUGCUGUUUGUAUUUACACUGGAUGGAUAGAGGCUAAACCAGCAACAGGAGAGACAGCAGCUGUAGUGUCAAAAUUUAUUUUUGAAGAAAUUAUUCCUCGAUAUGGUCUACCAAUACAAAUCAAUUCUGAUAACGGACCAGCGUUUGUAAAUACUCUAGUGAAUAGUCUAUCAACGGCAUUAGGGUUGACUUGGAAGUUACACUGUGCAUGGCGACCACAGAGUAGUGGAAUGGUUGAGAGGGCAAAUCAGACUAUCAAGGCUCAUCUCACUAAGUUAUGCAUAGAGACUAAAGAAAAAUGGCCUCGGCUGUUACCAUUAGCCUUAUUACACCCCAGAUGCACCCCACAAAGCUCAGGCUACACUCCGUAUGAAUUAAUGUAUGGCAGACCACCACCUCUGCCAACUGGAGUUGAGGUAUUGGAAGACCAUGGACAAGUACGCCUUCAGAAACAACUGCAGGCUCUGAAUAGGAUUGUUGGACAAUUACAACAGUAUACUGAUCCCAGUCCAUUACAAGUUACAACUAACAUGCACGCCUUUGAGCCAGGGGAUUUAGUAUGGGUCAAGGUAUGGGAUGAUAAACCAUUGCAGCCUAAGUGGAAAGGUCCAUUUGCAGUAAUAAUGGUUACUCCCACGUCCUUGAAGGUUGAAGGGCAGACUCCAUGGAUUCACUGGACCAGAGUGAAACCAGCAGCGAAUCCAGAAUGGGAAGUAGUAACCAACACACCAGGGGCGUUGUGGAUGAGGAUCCGGAAGCGUGCCACUACUGGAAGCAGGGACGCGAUGGGAGAAGCCUCCUCGGGACCGGCAACCGAGUGA